GGUCGAAACGGCCAAUGGGCGAUGCGGAGACGGUUUAAAACGUGCCGGCGGUUGAGGUACUGUGGUGGGUCUCUUUCAGGCGGGGUGGUUCUGGUUCGGCUGCCCUUCCUUAGCUGCCCUCUCGUGCGGUCGGAGCUGCCGGCGGUUCCCGAGACUUUCCACAGUGGUCCUAUCAACCUGAAGAUGGCAACGCUAAUCUUUAUUGAUAAGGAGAAUGGAGAAGUUGGUGCUACUAAGAAUCAGCUAAGAUUCCCUACAGGAUCUUCAAAAGUCUUAUCUGAAAGAACACAAGUUAACACUCCACUUCCUAAAAAAAAAGUCAGUACAUCUCCAGCCGCAUCUCACUCUGUCAGAAAGGCUCUUGGAAAUGUGAAUAGAACUGAAGAAGUCACGAGCAAGAUGGAAAAGAUAAGACAGAAAAAUCAGUCUUGUGCUGCAAACAAAGUUACUGAAAAUACUGCUGGAUUGGAAAGCUGUAACGCAGUUGCUGAAGAAGACUGGCCAGAAAUAGAAAAUAUGUUUCCUUUUGAUCCUCGAGACUUUGACAGUUUUGAUCUUCCUGAAGAGCAUGAAGUAAGCAAUAUCAACUUGCGUGGCGUUCCCCUCAUGGUAUUUGAAAAGACAUAUGACAGAUGUGUGAACAUGGUUCCUUCACCUGUGAAGAUCGAAGAGAUUUCAUGGGAGUCCAACUUGAUACAAUCAACUGCUGACUUCCUUGCUACCCUGGAUGAGAUCAUUGACAUGCCACCUCCAAAUUAUGACUUUUAAUGCAUUUUCUGAAGCUUCUGAGCUCAAAUUUCGUAUAGUUCUGUAUUUUAAUAAAGGCUAAUCUAAUUAUAUAAUA